AUGGGUGGUACCUCGUGGUUCUCGCGCGCGUUCUCGCGCGCGAGUAAGUCGAAAGAGGGGCGGACGGGGAAGAAGAGCGAGCGGGAGCGCGCGGUGGAGGCGGUGGAGGCGGCGGCGGCGGCGCGGGGGGGGGCGGCGCGCGAGGCGGACGCGGCGCGCGCGAUCGCGGCGACCGAGGUCGGACGCGAUGCGAAGCGACGGAUGCGGGUCGAAGACUUUGAACCGUUGAAAUUGAUCGGUCGGGGGGCGUUCGGCGAGGUGCGACUGGUGAGACAGAAGGAUACGGGAGAGAUUUUUGCGAUGAAGAAACUGAAAAAGUCAGAGAUGGUUCGACGAGGACAGGUUGACCACGUGAAGGCUGAACGAAACUUACUCGCCGAGGUGAACUCUCGCGCUGUGGUCAAGCUGUAUUACUCGUUUCAAGACGAUCAGUUUUUGUACCUCGUCAUGGAAUUCUUACCGGGAGGUGAUGUGAUGACGCUGUUGAUUCGACGGGACACCCUCACCGAGGAGGAGACGCGCUUUUACUUGGCGCAGACGGUGGCCGCUCUCGAGACGAUCCAUCGACAUAACUUCAUUCACCGAGACAUCAAGCCGGAUAACUUGCUGCUCGAUAAGGACGGGCACAUGAAACUUAGUGAUUUUGGGCUGUGUAAACCCAUCGACCCGACGUAUCAGCAGGCGGUGCUUCCAGAAAUCUUGGAAAAUGAAUCGAUGGGGCCGUCGGAUCCGCCCCCGCGUACGGAUGAGGAUUCAAAGAGAGCGGAAGAGGUUGCGAAUUGGCAAAAAAGCCGUCGACGCCUGGCAUUCAGCACCGUUGGCACGCCAGAUUACAUUGCGCCCGAAGUGUUGCUGAAGAAAGGGUAUGGACUGGAGUGCGAUUGGUGGAGCGUCGGCGCCAUUGCUUUUGAGAUGCUCAUGGGUUACGCUCCUUUUUAUAGCGACGAGCCGCUGACGACUUGUCGGAAAAUUGUGCACUGGCGACAUCACCUGAGGAUCCCGGACGAUUCACCGAUCUCUCCCGAAGCGCGAGACUUGAUCGAGCGCCUUCUUUGCGAUGCUGAUCAACGUCUCGGCACGCACGGAGGCGUAGAGGAGAUCAAGUCUCACAAAUUUUUCAAGGGCCUGGACUGGAACGCCCUGUACACGAUGACUCCGCCUUACCGCCCCGUCGUGUCCCACCGGUUGGACACUCGUAACUUUGAGGACUUUGAAGAGGACGACAGCAUGCGGAAAAAGAGCGGAACGGUCGAAGGCGAGGGAGCACCAAAGGAUGAAAACUUCAUUGGCUACACGUACAAGAACGUCGAGAUCGUCGGCGAAGAGGUGAAAAAGCUUAACAUUGCCCGUCCCUCGCUCACUUCCGUGUUCCCGACGUCGAAAUAA